GACCGGGGUGGUUGGUCGGACUGGGAGCGACCACAACGAAAUCAGGACUCAGGCAACCACGACAGCUGGAGCCGUGACAAUCGGCAUGAUGACCAGCAAGCCUGGGGACAGAACUCCUGGGACCAGGAUGCCUCCGAUCCUUGGGCUAACUGGAACAGCUCCAGAGGCGGUCAGGACCACUCGUCCGGAUGGGGAGCUGCUUCAGGCCAGAAGGACAAAGAUUGGGAUGGCGUCAACCAGUGGGCCACUCAGCUGUUGGAGCAAGGGGACGUGGACUGGGGCACCAGGCCGGAGAUUGCGAUUACGAAAGACUUCUACGAGGAGAUGGGUGACGAAAAGGCGAGAACUCGCACCAAGCCAGAGAUCGAAGAGCUGCGAGUGGAGAGCGGCAUCGCAAUCAUGGAAGGGGAGUGUGAAGAGUGCCCAGUCCCUGGCCCUUUCAGCAGCUUCGACGAGGUGCGCUGGCCAGCUGAGCUGCAGCAGUCUCUGAUCCACGAGUUUGAGACGCCUACCCCCAUCCAGAAGCAGAUCUGGCCUUUGGCGUUACAGGGCCGAGAUGUGGUUGGCAUCGCAGAGACAGGAAGUGGCAAGACUGUGUCCUAUGUCCUGCCCAUGAUCAUCCACAUUAGUCGUCAGGAAGAGCUGGAAGCCGGCGAUGGCCCAGUGGGUCUGGUUCUCGCCCCGACGCGCGAGCUCGCCAAGCAGAUCGAGAGGGUCUGCAAGAAGUAUGGGUCGAUGAAGCGCCUCGCGUCUGCCACGAUCGUCGGUGGCAUGAAGACUUCUGAGCACAAGGAGCUCCUUCAGGCAAGGAACGACAUCAUAGUGGCCACCCCCGGUCGAUUCCUUCAGGCCCUUGGUGAUGAAUGGACCAAGCUGAAUCGAUGCACGUUCGUCGUUCUGGAUGAGGCGGACGAACUCCUGGAACACAAGGGCUUCGGCAGCGACAUCAGGGCCAUUAUGACGCAAGUGCGCAAAGAGCGGCAAGUCCUUAUGUUCAGCGCUACCUGGCCAGAGGCAGUGAAGGAGCUUGCCCAAGAGAUCUGCACUGCGUCAGAUGGCCGACCACCCGUCCAUAUCCACAUCGGGGGAACGAGGUUAGCAGCAUGCAAAAGCAUCGUCCAGAGGGCUGAGAUCGUCGACGACGACGAGGCCAAGUUCACGAAGCUGAAAGAGAAGCUGCACGAGAUGGCGAUCUUCCAGGAAGGCUCAACCGACAAGUGCAUCAUCUUCUGCAGGAGCCGCAACGGUGUCAUCAAGCUCAAAGACAUGCUCACAAACGAAGACAUGGUCUGGAGAGGGGACAGCGGCUGCCUCGUGAAAGAGCUGCAUGGAGAGUUGCAGCAGGCCGACCGUGAUUGGGCAAUGGAAGAGUUCCGCGACGGAGCACUGCCGUGCGUCGUGGCAACCGGAGUUCUGGCACGCGGCCAUGACAUUCCUCAGGUCAGGUUCGUCAUCAACUACGACAUGCCAAGAGUGGCGGAAGACUACAUCCACAGGGUGGGUCGAACCGGACGAGCCGGCCACACCGGCUACGCCUUCACUUUUGUGAACCGCUCCAACUGGCAGGAACUGCAGUGGGGACACGAUUACCUCCUCGGAGUACUCCAGGCCACGGAGCAGAACGUUGACGAGACGCUGCAGGAGGCCAUCGAUGCCCACCUGAAAGCUGCUGAGUGGAAGGAGGAUGCUUGGUGGGAGGAUGCAGCCAACUGGAAUUCUGGCUCUGGAUACCCUGUGGGGGAGGUCGUCGAUGUGGAGUUUGUGGAAGAUGACAACGUCGUUUUGACAGAGAACAUAUGCGCAUUAGCAAGGAAACUGGUUGGGGAGUAUGUAGAGCACGACGUGAACCACGGCAAGACGGUAUACAAGAGGACAGCGUCGUCGAACAUCGAGGAAAUGUUUUUGUACUAUUUCGACGAUGGCGAGGAUCCCCAAUCAAUGGGCUGGUACUUCGGCACAGCGAUUGGAGGCGACGAUGUCUUCGGAUGGUCUGAAAGCAUGGAGACCGGAUGGCACGUUCCUCACCACAAUCCGGAUGCGCUUGCUGGGCUCAAAGUUAAAAGACGGCAGGCAGCAGCAUGGAACACCUCCGAUCAGCAGGCAAUCGCCCAGACCUCCACGGAGGAGUACUAUGAGGCCGGCCACGGUGCGAGUGCAGCCGACUUCGUCCAGGCUGGGUGCAGAACUGUCCAGGUUCACAGUAGUAAAGAUGUGCAGCGGGGUAUCGUGGCCUGUGUCCUAUUGUUUUCUGCUGUCAUGAGCUGGAUCCUUUGA